GGGCGAUAAAAACAGCCGUUCAAGUGGUUCACUCCUUGGGUGCUUACUCAACGUACUGUUAACGCUCUCCGAGCGAACGCUGCCUUUUUUCUCCUUCGCCAACGAGUCACCCUCCGUCUGUCACGUUGAACCUCUAUGCAUAACUGCAACGGCAAUUCCUACUGUGGUGACAGAGCUCUACCGUUUCGCUUUUACUGACUAGCAAAAACAUUAAAGGGAGCAGAUAUCGAAGCACCGUUCGUUUCUGUUCCGUUGAUCUCUUUCCUGCCUCGGGCAGAGCUACAGCUUCACCAACCCGCACGUGUUACACAUAUACAUUUCUCAUUUUCACCUUUUCCCAGGUUACUACCGUCGAAGCCGUUGGAGCGUUUUCACGCACCCAUUUUUUUCAUCUUCUAGGCAUCACUGUUUCUCUUUUCUGCUCCCUUUUUUAGAGACACAAUUGAAAAACCUUCUAGCAUUACCGUUUGCACUACUCGUGUUGUUAUAUUGACAAACUUGGUGUGCGUGCCGUUGCGCAGCAGCCGCCUUUGAUUAUCUUUUUGUAAUUCGUGCUCUGCUCCUUGAGCUCCCUCGUAGCGAAGAUGUUCCGCGGUUACUCUCGCCGCUUGCUGGUGAAGGUGCCAUUCUCCUCGCUGUUCGAGCACAACUACGUGCUGCGCCGCGUGUUCGAGGCGCCGCCGGGCAAGGUGGCGCUGGCGGAGGAGUUCGCGGGCCGUGCGACGGCGCAGUUCACGUACGGGGAGCUGCAGCGCGACGUGGUUGCGAUGGCGGACGUGCUGGUGCGGCGCAGGGAGGCCGUUGCGCAGGCGCGCGGCGGGGCGUCGCUGGAGUGGGUGCAGCCGAGCAGGCCUGCCCACGUGCGGAGCGUGUUUGCGCAGGGUGAGCGGACCCCGAGCUGCGACGUGAUGAAGGAUGUUGGGUUCUACACGACGUCGGUGCUCGGCGGCCCCGGGUACACGUACGUUGUGUCGCUGCUUGCGAGCUGGUCGCUGAACCAGCUGGCGACGCCGAUGUCUGUGUCGCAGCGCUACAACGACGAGCUGAUGUACGUGCUGGAGCACAGUGGGAGCAGCAGCGUGGUGGGCGAGACGCAUCUGCUCAAGGAGAAGCUGCCGGCGGCGUACGAGAAGCUGUACGUGCGUGGCGAGGCGGACGUUGACAUAAUUGCUAGCAAACUGCCCUCGUAUGAUGACGAGGGAAAGACGUCGAGAGUGAUGUCGAACACUUACCUCGUAGACACCGUCUUUGACGCAACGAAGCUGCUCCAAGAGUUCCGUGCUCGACGAGAGAUGCGAGGCACGUCAGCGUUGGAGGUGGAGUUGCUCCAUCCAGCCGACAGUGCGUGUGAGCCCUUCAAAACAGCCGAAGACGUCGUACGACGCUUAAAUGACGAGAGGACCGCUGCGAAGGCACGGGAGCUGGACCGACAAGCGGAAAUUAUUCAGCAGGAGCACUCGGCCCGCAACAAGACUCCCACAAAUCUGGAGCCGACUACGGAUGAGACAUUUUGCUUUGAUACUAAGGACCUGGACAAACUGAACCCACUGUUUCGUCGCUGGUACGAGGACCCCGCGAGCCAGCCAACCAAGUACGACGACUGCCUGAUGGUCUACACCUCCGGCACCACUGCCCGCCCUAAGGGCACGGUGCACACGCACGCGAGUGUGGCGAACAUGGUGAAGGUGUUGCAGGACGCGUGGGAGUGGAAGGACAGCGACAGCAUUCUGCACGUGCUGCCCGUGCACCACAUCCACGGUCUGGUGAACAUUCUGUUCUGCUCUUUAGCCUCCAACGCGCGGUGUGUGUUCACCAAGUUCGACGAUGCGAGCCGUGUCGCACACCGUAUGGAGCGGGGCGACAUCACGCUGUUCAUGGCGGUGCCGACCAUCUACACGAAGCUGAUCGACGCGGUGACGCGCAAGUUCAGUCCCAUUGAGAAGACGGGGUUCCGCAAGGCGUGCGUGGAGCACGUGCGCCUGAUGGUCUCUGGCAGCGCGGCGCUGCCGGUUCCCACGCUGAACCAGUUCCGCGAGCUGUCUGGGCACACGCUGCUGGAGCGCUACGGCAUGACGGAGAUCGGCAUGGCGCUGAGCCAGCCGCUGCGACCGGUGGAGGAGCGGCAUCCCGGCACCGUUGGCUCGCCGCUGCCGACGGUGGAGGCGUACGUGCACAAGCCGGAGACGGAGGAGGCUGCGGAGCAGGCGGAGGCGAAGGAGUCGCAGUACGACGAGGUGGGCAGCCUCGCCAUCGCGUCCGAGUCGCUGUUCGACCGCUACUGGCGCAACCCUGCUGCGACGAAGAAGGAGCUGCGGACGGACGCUGCGGGGACGCGCUUCUUCGACACGGGCGACACGGUGGGUGUGCGGCGCGCCGCUGGCAAGCCUGCUGUGUACACGAUCCUUGGGCGGUCGAGUGUGGACAUCCUGAAGACGCGCGGGUACAAGCUGUCUGCGCUGGAGAUCGAGGCGGCGCUGCUGGCGCACAAGGACCUGUUCUACGAAAUGGCUGUUGUGGGCACCGCGGACGAUGUGCUUGGGGAAAAGGUCGUUGCGGUGGUUGCGAUGCAGCCGGAGGCCGCGAAGGCGCGCGGGAUCGCGUUCAGCGAGAGCGUGCGGUGGUACGAGUCGGAGGGGCUGACUGCUGAGCUGAAGAAGGUUGCGCUGGAGACGCUCGCGCCGUACAAGUGCCCGUCGCGGUACAUCAUUGUGCCUGAGAUCCCUCGCAACCCGACCGGCAAGGUGAACAAGAAGGAUCUGAAAAAAGUACUUCACUUGAAGUAG